AUGGCAUGCCAAUUUCUUGAAUUUGCCGAAUCUUGGAGCAGCUUUGUGGCGGCUUAUAUUAUACUGGCAUUUGGAAUGGAUCGUAUUCUCUCCAUUAGUUUCCCUCAUCGAUUUCAGAAAGAUCGCUACAUUAAGGCAACUCUUCUGCUAUAUCUUGGAAUAAUGUUAGCCGGAGCUCUACUAAAUGCACCGAUUACGGCCAGAUUUCAGCUCAUGUACGAAGAACGAGACACAAUGAAUAUUUGGCUGGGUGACUCCGAUAAAAACCUUGGAAAGAUGCGAUAA